AUGAAGAGAAAAAGAAACUCAAAAGCACUCAGAGCAGGUUGUAAAGGAAAAAGAAAAGCAUAUGAAGAGGUUGAGCAUUUCGGUACCUCUAUCACGGAUGUACCUGAGCCUAUCUUCAAGAAUAUUGUGCUAAGACUGCCCAUUAGGGCAAUUAUCAUGUGCAAAUGUGUUUGCAAACCUUGGCGUCGGGUAAUUUCAGACCCUCAAUUUGCUAAGAUGCAUUUUGAACUUGCACAGCCCUGUUCUCUAGUCCGGACCUUGGGUAACACACGAGUUGCAAGAAUGCUUUACCUAAUUGAGCCAUCUGACGUUGACAACUACGAUUCAUUUUCUGAUUCUCGUUUUGCGAGGCAUCUCAGGCUUAAUUAUGGUCGGGAUUUUUAUAUGAAACUGGAUACCAAGUUGAAGAUUCCUUUGCGCAAUGCUGAAAAAAUGCCACAGCCACAUAAUGUCAGUGAUACCAAAUCCCGUCUUAGUAGUGAGCGUGGUUUUAAGAAGCGUUGUGUAAAAGUGAGACCAAAAGAGCAUAAGUUCCAGAUCGUCAAUUCCUGUAAAGGAUUUGUCUGUUUGUCAGAACCUUCAAGCAACAACCCACUUGUUGUGUGCAAUCCAGUCACAGGUGAGUAUUUAAACCUUCCAGGAACAGAUGAAUCUGAUAACAAUACCGAGAAAGAUAUGGUAUCUUGUGGAUUUGGCCUUUGUGAGGAGACUAAUCGAUAUAAAGUUGUUAGAAUGAUUGACCAAGGAUAUUUUGAAUCCGUGUAUAGAUGCCCAAUUACAGGGGAAAAGAGUUACAAGAAAACGCUGGUCGAGGUACACACACUUGGCACUGGGACUUGGAGAAGAAUCGGUUAUGCUCCAUACUAUAACAGCAAACUGAAAUUUACUACAUAUCUGAAUGGAUUUCUUCAUUGGAUUUCCCUUGAUUUCAGCAAACGUAUUUUGAUAUAUUGUUUUGACCUUGGCAGAGAGGAGUUCAAGUCAGUUCAGCUUCCUCCUCUUGGUGAUUAUUUUGAUCCCAUCAUUCGAUGGAAUAAUCAGUGUAACACAAGCUUGGGAGUAUUAAGAGGUAGCCUAUGUUUGUGUACUUGCUCAGGCUAUGAUUCACUCGACAUAUGGGUGAUGAAGAAGUAUGGUGAACCAAAAACGUGGACGAAAAUUGUGUCAACUUAUUCCCUUUGUGUUGAAAGGUGGCCUUAUUGUGUGUACCAGCCGAUCAGUUUUGAAGAAAACAAAGGGUUGCUGAUGUUUCUGUCCCCUAAGAGUGCCUUUAUAUAUUAUCAACCUGAAAAUUAUGGCAGGUGGAAGUAUUUCAGAAUUCUUGACGUCAAAACAAAAUAUGAAGCGAUUGCUCAUGUUCCAAGUCUCAUUUCUCUCAAGGAUGUUUUGAAUGGAGAUGGUAUGGAGAUACUGAAUAUUAAUUUAAGAUGCAGUGAAUACAAGUUGUUGGGAGAGACCAAAGCUAUUUGUUUGCAGGAAGUAAUAAGGGAAGCUGAGACCGAUACAGAUCAUUCACCCAGCGAAGGAGACUACGACUGAAUCACCCUUCUGCGUGGAUUGCUUUUCAUUUCUAGAGAAAUCGUGAAUCCUUGUAAGACCAGCUUUCAUCUAGAUGAGGGAAACGACUGUAAAUUCAUGCUAAUAGCUGGUUCUUUUUGCUUCAUUCUAUGUAAGCAUUCGCCUUUGAACCUUGGUGGUUAUGUAUUUGAAGCAUA